AUGCUUUUUAUGAAUAUUCUCCCGCUUCUUCUCGCCCCCCUGGCUGCAGCGAGCCCGGCGACGGCGACGGCUGGUCUAAGUGCUCGGGACGACAACGCCAACAUCUUUGACAGCCCAGAAUAUCGCGGGCAACGCCGCACGAUCCCUGCCAAUGGUAUUUGCGUCAACUUGGGUCCUCCCUUCUCCACCCCAGGACGAGGCACUCAAUCUCUGCUGCUCACUCCGGUUGUGAAUUGCGAGUUCUACCGCGCAACAAACUGCCAAGACUUUGAUCCCGUAGUGAUUUUUCAGAGCCAGUCGCGAAUCCGCAUCACGGCCUAUUCUAUCCGAUGCUCAAAGACCCCUGUCGACGAUGAUGACGAUUAA